GAAGAAGAAGAUGUAACCGCCUGCACAGUAGCAGCGCUGUUUCGCUUUGUCUCUCAUAGAUCCUCUACAAUGAAGAAACUCAUUGGCGUCUUUGGAACGCUUCACUCUUUUACUCUUUGCUGAAAUACAAACAGUUUGUGCUAUCUAACGUAUUAAUUAUUCAGACGUUCUAAACAGGUUAAUAUGAGUGCUGAGGCUGCAGACCGGGAGGCGGUGAGUGGCAGUCGGCCCUGCACCCCACCACAGACUUCCUGGUUUGAAUUUCUGCUUGAUCCAUCAUUACUGGAGCAGCAUUUACAGGGCCCUCAUCCAGAUCCAUCUCCUGUUCAACUCAUCAUUCAGUUUCUUGAGCAAGCCUCCAAACCAUCUGUGAAUGAGCAGAACCAGGUUCAGCCACCAGUGGACAACCGGAGGAACCGCACACUGAAGCUAAUGGCACUUAAAGUUGCCGCCCACCUGAGAUGGGACCUGAACAUGCUAGAGAAAGGUUUGACCAUCCCUGUGCUCAAUAUGUUAUUGAAUGAGCUUCUGUGUGUCAGUCAUGUUCCUCCUGGAGUUAAACAUGUAGAUCUGGAUUUGUCCACCCUGCCGCCCACCACAGCUAUGGCCGUGCUGAUCUACAACAGAUGGGCCAUUCGUACCAUUGUGUUAAGCAGCUUUCCUGAGAAACAGACCAAACCUGGACCACAUCAGCUGAAUAUGAUGAAUCUGGUCCAGCAGGAAAAGGAACUCAUGGAGAACAUACUGAGUGUGCUCAGAGAACAGGCCACAGAUUCUAUCAUGGUGUUAGAAAGAGCCCUGAACAUUAAAAAAGACUUCUACAUCCACACGCUUCGAACCCUUGACCUGCUAGCUGCUGAUCCCAGUACAGCCAAUGGAGAGACUGAAUCCUCCACCGCAGGGCUGCACAUCAGUGCCGAUCACCUGCACUGUCAGGUGCAUUACGAUUUAGGAGGUAUUUACUUUCAGCAAGGCUGUUCUGAGACAUCAGUGUAUGAGAAAGCCAGAGAACACUUUAGAAUGGCACGAGAACUCCUCACAAAGCUGGAUUUCUCUGCAUCUCUUUGUUGUUUGGAUGAGCAGCGGUUGGCUGGAUACUGGAGCGCCUGCAGAACUCUGACUGGAACCUCAGACCCCAAUGAGAGCCAACACACACCUUAUGGCCAGAUCAGCAGCUUCAUGAGGAACCACAAUUAUGGGGCAUUGAUCGAGGCCUUUAUCAGGGACAAUGUUACGUUCAGUCUACCCAACAGCUUCAGACAUUCAAUUCAGCUAGAGCUAUUACACAAGCUUCAACAAGGGGAUAAGGCUCUGGAGGAAGUAUGUCAUAAACUGUGUGUGUGUAAUGCAGUAAGAGAUGCACUGGAGGGUGGUGUCCCUUGUGUGUCCUUCCAUCAGCUGCUUCUCAAUCCCAGCAAAAACACCAUCAGCUUUCUGUUGGAGGUGUGUACAAGGUCAUUGGAUAAGGAGCACCUGUCAGAGACAAGCAAGAGGAAGAUGGCUCUUUUCAUCAAGACUGUUUGUGACCGGUUGGAGGAUGUUUCUCUGGCCUUCAUGGUGUCAUCUCAUAAACUCUUCAAUGAACUUCUACAAGAUGAGGAGAAGAUACUGAUGGAGCAGUUGAGGAAGAGCUCAGCCGCAGUCAACCUUAGUGCCAAACAACUGCCCUCAUUCUACGAUAUACCUGUGUCUGCCAGUGUGAAUAUCAGCCAGCUUGAACAGCAGCUCAUUCUGUCAUUGGAUGCUCGACAUAUCCGACAAAUCCUCAUUGAGCUGCAUGGGAUGGCCGAACGACCCUUCUGGAGGGUUAACAGUAAGUGGGAAGUUCCUGUUGACUAUGUUAACGUCAUACUAGCAAUAAAAGACAACCUGACACGAGACCUGGUGUACAUCCUUAUGGCCAAAGGUCUACACUGCAUCAGUAUAAAGGAUUUUGUGCAUGCUCGUCAGCUGUUCACAGCGUGCUUGGAGCUGGUGACAGAGUUUUCUCCUAAGCUGCGUCAAGUCAUGCUCAAUGAGCUGCUGCUGAUGGAGGUUAGAGGACACGAGGCAGGUGCUGCUGAAGGCAACAUGGAGAGGCCUCCGUCCGACCUGGUCAGCAGGGUCCGCGGAUAUCUGGAGAUGAGGAUACAUGGUAUUACGGCAAUGAAAGCAUGCAGCUCUGAAAGCACGAGUGCUGCUCACGAGCACACAAAAGUUACUGACUGACAGCUUACAGCUUUUUCUUCUAUUUGUUGUUCAUUUUUGGGUUAGUUCACCCAAAAAUGAAAAUUAUGUCAUUAA